AUGAGAGAAGUCAACUUCAGCAUCCCCAAUGUCAACAAGGCGUCCGUCCAUAUUACCACUACCCUCUACGACCGCCGAGCCCUGGAUUGCACCUCGACCCUCCCCCUCAUAAACUCCCUCAAUCACCUGGCGUACCUGACGACUUCUUCUGCGCGUAUUCGAGAUAUUCUUACUGUCGAUGGCGGCGUUGAGCGCCUUGUCUGCAUAUUGAAGGAGGGCAGGAGCAAGGAUGAAAUGCACAUGUGGAAAUGGAAUCUCGCUUUUCAAUGCAUCGUAAAUAUUGGUGUUCGAGGCUCGGAGAAUGUACGGACGCGUGUUGUGGAAGCAGAUAUGGUACCUGUUAUUGCGACAAUCUUGUGGGACUACAUCUUGGUCAUUGAAAUGGAAAAGGCAAAGGCCGAUGCCGAGCAGGAGAAACGCAACGGAUCCAAACAUUCUGGGGGCCCCAAAUCCUCCAAACUGCCGAGGGAAUUAACACAAGAUCCCGCAGCAAGGACGUCCUUCUUUGAGCACCUGCACGCCGCCACCGACCAACGUUCCAAUCGUCGUCAAGCUCCGCCGCCGUCGCUUGAUCUACCACAAUCUUUCUCGCAAAGCUUUGGCACCGCAGAAACAGGCCCAGCAGAAGGAGGAAGCAUCAUGCCUCCAAGCGUUUUCACCUCUCCUCCCGACCGGACAGUCUUUCCCCGGCGUGAUUUGCACCAUCACAACCGUGCGCACGAGAGCAGGAACUCCUUCCACAGGUCCCUUAAUCUGCAACCACCGGCUACAGCAGUGCCUUCAAUGGAUACUUCCGACGGGUUUUCCUUGCGGCCUGUUCGGGAGGUGGAUAGACUGCCUUCUAUGCUCCCACCCCUGAACACAGGUGUCACAUCUCAUCCCGACUCACCAACUACCCCAUCUGCGCCACUCCAUCGCGGAUUGCUCUCUCCCGUUGGUCGCCGCAUGAGAAGGCCGUCGAUCCGUCAUCAGAACUCUACUGGAGAGAACGACGAUAUGGGCAUGGAUGACGUGCCUGGUCCCGACGACGAACUCUUGGAUCCCGAGGGACCAGCUGAAGGUCGGAGCAGGGUUCAAACUCGGGAUCCCAGUCCUCAUGAUCCUCACGAGAUAGAUGGCCGACAACCAUUGACACUCGCUAUCCCUCCACAGCAGGCCCGAGAAAUCGACAACAAUGUGGACAUUGCUCAGCAGACGCCAAUCACCGCAGGUAUGGGCAAUCCCUUGGGCCCUGGAGCUCUUGAGGCAAUGGGUGUAUCGCCUAUUCCUCCUCCACCUACCACUGCUGCUUCUCCUGCAAUCCCCCUUAACGCUUAUCCAAACUUCUUCCUGAGAAACGCGACUGCCACUGCUACCACAGCCUUAAUGCCCCGCGAUGAGGAUGUUCUAAUGGGCUUGCAAUUACUUGCUUAUAUCUCUAAAUACUGUUACCUUCGACAUUACUUUCAAGCCACUCAUUUGGUUCCCCGGCUCAGAAUUGAUCGAGAAGUCGAGAAGAUCUAUGGGCCGAUGCGAGGCUGUGCACCUCUUCCAGAACCCACUGAAGACGAGGAUGAAGAGUUUCUGCAACCUGACGACUACAAUAUUUUUCCUCUGGUUGAGAAGUUCACCGUUCGUCACCACUCGAAGGACAUGCAAUACUGGGCAUGCGUGGUCAUGCGUAAUUUAUGCCGCAAGGACGACGCCCGGGGAGGGAUUCGCCAGUGUGCCAACUACAAGUGUGGGAAAUGGGAGGAGUACACACGCCAGUUUGCCAAAUGUAGGCGCUGCCGCCGGACCAAAUACUGCAGCAAAGAAUGCCAGCGGGAAUCGUGGAGCAUGCACCGGCACUGGUGCCACCUGGAAAAUGCCUACCUCAAUCGCAGGCCCAAUGCAUAA